AUGAAUGCAAAAUCAAACAUGUCAAGGACUCCAUUAUCGGUGUUCUUCUCCGCCGAUCUCAUCACUGAGAUCAUUUCCUUGCUUCCUGUUAAACCUCUUCUCCGAUUCAAAUGUGUAAGUAAUUCUUGGAACACUCUCAUUUCUGAUCCUAUUUUUGUGAAACUUCAUCUAAAGAGAUCAACAACAUCACCAAACCCACAAUUCACGUUAAUCACUAAUCACCUCAAACCUUCGGAGGGAGAUUAUAGUUUUGUCAGUGAUUGGAGUCUGGUUCCAUACCCUAUAAGUCGUUUACUAGAUAAUCCAUCAGCAACUUUUGUAGUUGAUUCCUAUUACCUUUUGGACAGUAAAGAAUCCUCUAUUGCUGGUUCCUGCAAUGGAUUGAUCUGUCUCGUUGGUCAUAAUUUCAGUAAUACUUUUACUGAAUACCAUGAGUAUUGGUUGCGAUUAUGGAAUCCGGCUACUAGAAAAAUAUCUCAAAAAAUUGGGUAUUUUCGUGAGUUAUAUAGUUUCGUCUUCAAUUUUGGUUGGGAUGAUUCCACUGGCUCGUUUAAAGUGGUUGCAUCACGCUUCAUUCGUGAUGGACAUACAAGCGAGGUGAGAGUUUUUACUAUCGGUGAUAAUGUUUGGAGAAAUAUUCAAAAUUUUCCUGUUGUUCCUCUUGGUUUGGAGUUACGUGGAAGACGCAUAGAUAAGGGAUAUGACUAUGAGCAUGGUUGUGUGUUUUCAAAUACCACAUUUAACUGGUUGGCUGUUCACAAGGACAUCUCGUUCAAUUGGAGUUAUUAUGUAAAGGACAUGAUUUAUGAUGACAUUGUUAUUGUUUCGCUCGAUCUGGGGACGGAGAUGUACAAUUGUUAUCGGUUGCCUCCCGGAGAACUGCCGCCGGAAGAGCCGACUAUUGGUGUAUUGGAGGAAUGUCUGUGUUUGUGUUAUUCUUACAAGGGGACUGAUAUUGUUAUAUGGCAGAUGGAGAAAUUUGGAGUUGAAAAGUCUUGGAUUCAAUUUCUUAAAAUUAGUUAUCAUAAUCUUCAAUUAGACUAUCAUUUUUCAUUCUUGCCAUUGUUUCUUUCUAAGGAUGGUGAUACAUUGGUAUUGUGCAGUUCUUAUAAUGAGGAAGCAGUUAUUUAUAAUUUGAGAGAUAAUAGUAUGCAGAGAAUAGAAGUUAAAGUGCAUAAAACUAUUAUUGAUGAUGAAACUCACAACUCUUUAUGCUUGACCUUGGCACAGAGUUAUGUUGAAAGUUUAAUUUCGAUUUGUUGA